UGUUUUAUUCGUUUAUGACACACCACUUUCUCCUUGCAAUUGUUUACACACCUGAACCGUCUUUUCGUCGUGGGAAAGUAGGCACGUUAUCAAAAGAGGAUAUAUGAAAUUUAUUUUAUUCGUUUAUGACACCACUAUCACCUUGCAAUUAUUUACACACCUGAACCGUGUUUUGUCGUGGGAAAGUGCGCACAAUACCAAAAGAGGAUAUGAAAUUUGUUUGAUUCGAUUAUGACACACCACUAUCUACUUGCAAUUGUUUGCACACCUGAACCAUGUCGUACUCAACAAAGACAAUCCAUACAUUGUUGGAACAAGUUUCGUUUUAACGAAAUAACAUACUUUGACAUUACAGACACUUUAAGUAUACCUUCAAAAUAGUCAUAGACUUACCUCUAUGGGUAGGUCAAACGUUGACAAGGCGCGUUAUCUUAGGAAGGGGUCAGCAAUCUUUCUAUGUAAUCCCACACGUUCCUACGGUUCGUGUUGGUUCGUCGCUGGCUGUCGCUUUUGGGGCUCUUUUCAUCUUUCUGCGAGCGUGCCGGUAUUCUUUUCGCUGUUAGUCUGAGAAGGUCUCUCUUGUAGUUCCAAACAUUUCGCUGUGGUAAAGUCUCCGAAGACUGCAUUCUGUUUGUCUAUUCGCAACGUUUCGUUUAUAGUAAAUGAGGAUUCGGAACCUUACCUCCUAGUGUUUUAGUAAAUAAACAACCCCAAUAACCGAGAGACCACACAGAAACACGACGGUUACGUUCCCGUCGCAAAGAUGUACCGCUAAUGACUUGACAAAUACAAUCUUUGUCUCAUUUCUGCCAUCUUUGUUUGUGUUUCCAAAAGUUUUUGUUGUGACGGUCCAAGCUGUAUUGGAGCCAGUUAUUAGGUUGUUCCGCAUAACACACCGGAGUCGGUGUGAAUAUAUACGGGCGGUCUUGCUCGCCGCACAAACCCGCGCUACAGAAGUUGUAACUGGUCACGAAAAUGGAGUCCAACGAUAGCUUCGACCAUGAGAUGAUAGACGUGAUAGAUCUCGACUACUACGACGAUUUGUUGGCUCUUUUUGAUGACUACUACGACGACGAUUUGUUGGCUCUGUUUGAUGACGUUUUUGUCGACGAGAAUAUGGAUCAGCAGCCUUUUGUGGAGUGGACACCACCCACUCCUCCGGCGACUCCCCAGUCCGACGCGGCUGUACCACCACCAAACGUCGUGCCCGCGGUGAUGGAUGGGGGAUGGUCACCGGUCACUCCGACAUCAACUCCGCCACCACCAGACAACCCCGUCUUUGUUGCACCGACCGUGCAAGUCUACGAUUAUCAACAUGUUCCAGUUCCAGCCUACUGGAACGCCUACGACGACCGACAGGUGUACGCCGCUGCGUACGCCCAGCAGCAGUACCCAUGGUCAGGCUAUGCCGCCGCCAUGGACUACUAUGGGCCCUACUAUGACCAACAGAUGUACGCGCAUGAAUACGCCCAGCAGGUGUACCCAGAUCACCACAUCGACACGGCCCCUCCGCAGGCUUCGCCUGUCAUGAUGGAUGUGAACCUCUCCCCGUCCACCCUUCCCGUCGACGCGGCGGAAGUGAUGCGAACAUUGGCCAAUGUUCCUUUGUCCGCGUGGGGAGAGGCCGAGUUCCAUGACCAGUGGGGCGCCACCGACUCCUAUACUACUCCGACAGCGGCGAAAAGGUCUGGCGGACCCAUGGAGGAUGAGCCUCCAAGAAAACAUCCAAGGCACUAAACGUCUAAAGAGAUCCGUCUUGGAGAGCGCCGUCCUUUGAUUAAAGCACAAAUCAUUACGGCAAAUAAAGUGUACAAAACAUGCAUCCUAGUACUCUGUCGUUUUUCUUUAGUCCUGCUUUGAGACAAUAUAAAGGUAUGGUUGUCAAUUACGUUGAA